GGUUUCCGUGUUUACAGAGAUCUGCGGCUGUUCGGAGUUCAGUUUCUGGAGAGGAGAGUGAGCAGUCAUGGCUUUUUUAAAGACGCAAGAACGGACUAAAGAAAGAUUUUCUCUCUUGCUGCUGGAUUUGGAGGAGUAUUACUUUGAACAACACACUGCAAACCACAUGACAAGCAGUUCAAAAAAGGAGAGAAAAAUCAGAGGCUCAUUUAAAGUCUGUUCCAGAUCCAUCAUAUUUGAUCCAGAGGAUCUGACAGAGCCAAUUUUAAAGGUUCUUCUUCGAGACUGUAAGAAGAUUGAGUUUGUGGAGGGAGAGAACAACCCAUUCAAUGAGCCGAGGCCACCUGCCAUCUCUAUUACAUGUGGGCAGGUUAUUUACAUCAAAGAAAGCAACGUGAUAGCACCUCACAGAAAUGAGAGGGGGAAAAAGAAAAUAAUGUUUCAGCUUGAGGUUUGGAGCAAAACGGAGGAUGUUGUUCAAACAUUACUUCAGCUUCACAGAGCUUCCUGUCUGGAAAAACUUGGAGACCAGACUGCGAUGAUUGAAGCUAAUUUACAGUCACGUCUGGCAAGGUCAUCGUUUGACAAAAACUGCUUUCAGAAUGUGGCUGAGAAGCCUCACAUGGAGUGUGCCGUGGAGAUGGUCAUGCCUCUGGUGUCCAAUCCAGGCCACGUCUGCAUCACCGAUGAAAACCUUUACUUCCAGCCGCUGAAUGGCUAUCCGGAACACGUGAUUCAAAUCAAGCUCCACAGAGUCAGGAGAAUCUACAAAAGACGGCAUGGUCUCAGACCACUUGGUCUGGAGGUGUUCUGUACUGAGAAUGACUUCUGCUCAGACAUCUACCUGAAGUUUUACAGCACAGCAGACAGAGAUGAAAUCUACUACUACAUUGCCACUUUCCUGGAAAACCACAUAACCGAGCACACAGCAGAGAGUUACAUGCUGCAGUGGCAGCGUGGUCAUCUGAGUAACUAUCAGUAUCUCCUCCACCUCAAUAACCUGGCUGACCGCAGCUGCAAUGACCUCUCCCAGUAUCCCAUCUUCCCCUGGGUCAUCGCUGACUACACCAGCAGACAGUUAGAUCUGACAAACGCUGCCACAUUCAGAGACCUGAGCAAACCAGUGGGAGCCCUGAACAAAGAGCGCCUGGACAGACUGUUGGCUCGCUACAGAGGCAUGCCUGAACCUCGCUUCAUGUACGGCAGUCACUACUCGUCUCCAGGCUACGUCCUCUUUUACCUGGUCAGAGUCGCUCCAGAGCACAUGCUGUGUCUCCAAAAUGGCCGCUAUGACCACGCAGAUCGCAUGUUUAACAGUGUUGGAGAAACAUGGAAAAACUGCUUAGAGGGAGCGACUGACUUCAAAGAGCUGAUUCCAGAGUUUUAUGGUAUCGACUGCAGCUUCCUGGAAAAUAAACUGAGCCUGGAUUUGGGAAGAAGGCAGAAUGGGAGCUUAGUCGAAGAUGUUGUCCUCCCACCGUGGGCCUCAGAUGCCACUGACUUUCUUCAGAAGCACAGGACGGCACUAGAGAGUCAGUAUGUGUCAGAACACCUUCAUGAGUGGAUAGACCUGGUGUUUGGCUUCAAACAGAGAGGCAGUGAAGCUGUGGCAGCUCAUAAUGUGUUUCACCCUUUGACCUAUGAAGGUGGCAUCGACUGUGACAGCAUCGAGGACCCUGACCAGAGGAUCGCCAUGCUGACACAGAUCCUGGAGUUUGGCCAAACACCCACGCAGCUGUUUAGCAGCCCUCACCCUCAGAGGAUCACACCGCGGUUUCACAACAUCACUCGAAGCUCCAGCAUCACCUCACCUGUCAGCGAACUGUCUCCAGCCUCUCAGAGCGAGGACUCGUCCUUCGAGGACCUGACUGAGGAGAGCAGGAAGCUGGCCUGGACAAACAUGGGUAAUCUGACACUGGUCUCCAGCCACAAGAUCCAUAAAGAGGCCGUGACAGGCAUCGCUGUGACUCGAGACGGAGCAGCUAUUUUCUCCACAUCCCAAGACUCAACACUUAAAAUGUUUUCCAAAGAACUCAAGGAGUUCCAGAGAAGCAUGUCCUUCUCUAACAUGGCCUUAUCAUCAUGUUUGAUGCUGGCAGAUGGUAAAACUGUGGCCUGUUCUUCAUGGGACAACAACGUUUAUUUCUACUCCAUUCCGUACGGCAGGCGGCAGGACACGCUCAUGGGUCACGAUGAUGCUGUCAGUGAAAUGUGUUGGUUUGAUGACCGACUCUACACGGCGUCCUGGGACUCCACCAUCAAGGUUUGGCAGUGUGCGUCUGAUGGCUCCUCCAGUCACAGGAGAUGCCAGUUUGAGCUGCUGGCUGAGCUGGAGCAUGAUGCUGGGGUGAACACCAUUGGUCUGAAUCCAGCUGGGACUUUGCUGGUGUCUGGCUGUAAAGACGGGACCGUCACAAUCUGGGACACCAGCAGCUAUGAAACACUGCAGCAAGUCCACUGCCACACUGGAACAAUUCACCACACAGCAUUUAGUCCUGAUAGCCGACAUGUUCUCAGUGUUGGUGCUGACUCCUGUAUGAAGGUUAUCGAUGUCCAGACGGGGAUGGUGAUCUCAAGUGUAACACCUGAGGAGGAGCAGAGGUGUUUCUGCUGGGACGGGAACUCAGUGCUAUGUGGGGGACAGUCCGGUGACCUGCUGCUGUGGGACCUACUCAGAAACACCGUCACCAAGAGGAUCCCUGCACACUCAGGUGCUGUCACAGCCAUAUGGAUGAAUGAUCUGUGCAGCACAGUGAUCACAGGUGGAGAGGACAGACAGAUAAUCUUCUGGAAGCUCCAGAGUUAAACAACUGUUUGUGCACAAAGACUUCCAGUGUAAUAUACUCAGCAACACAGGCCGAGCAUACUGCAGAGAACCUGGAUAGAGACUCAAGAAACAGCUGUGAAGAGCUGAAAAUGUGCUCUGUCACAGAGUACAGUGUCACAGAGCAGCUGGAGGGGGGUUGAUGACCAAUGUCUCAAAUGUUCUCAAUCCAAAACCCAACUAAAGGUCAUAAAUAGUCACGUUAGUCAUCUGUGCUAUUUGUAUAUUGAGAGAAAAUGUCCAAUUGUAGUUUUGUGCAUGCGAGCAGGAAGCUAAACAGUGUACAUCAUGCCUUAUUUUGCAGCCUAUUCUACAUGUUUUAUUUUUCCCAUUUAUUAUUUGCUGUGUAUCAUGUUACAGUUUUUUUUAAUAAGCGAUCAUAUUUCUGUAGCUUUAUGUGUAUUUUAUCAUGUGAAAUGGACUCAGAGCUUCAUACUGCUCAGGUGUUAUAACGCUUACCUCUAAAAAUAAUCUUCUUUUGUUAGUUUCACAAGCCUCAGAGAUUCUUACUGACAGAUUUUUACCCUAAAUUGCAUGUGUUGCAAAAAGCAAGAGAUGUUAUUAAUAAUAUGUAUUUACAGACUGGCUCAGUUUUAUGGUGUGGACACCGUUCUUUCAAACACCAAACCAUGAAAAACAGUAUUAACCACAUUACCAAGUGAAUAAUUACAGUCACACAGGAUUUAUCCAAAGACAGUUCACCAAGUGUUUUACAAAGAUGGAAGAGAGCAAAAUAAGAAUCUGCAGACAUCCAAGAAUAAGGUGAUGCAUGAACUGUUUCAGCGAGAAGUGAGAUUUUAAAGUCAUAACCCAACACAAAUAGACACAUAGACAUGAAAGUUGUCUGCACAAAGUUUGUACUGUGCUUAUUCCUGGAGAACACAGACUGUGCACAGUUUGGAUUCAUGUCAGUUACAGUUGAUUCCAGUGAUGACAAGUUUUCAGGUCGGAAAAAAAUCGACAGCAUAAACCAUUUCUCUGAUCUUAUUUCAUAUUAAUGCUUCUCUCUGAAUUCUGCCAUAAACUGACACAACAUG